AUAAAAAUCAAUUACUAAAAAUACCACGCCAUUUGUAAAGGUGCCAGCUGUUUUUUUGUUUUUAACUUUAACAUUAAAGGAUAUUGCUAAGUAUACAUAGUGGCUAGAUUGAUUUUUUCAUCAAUCAACCGACGUUAUUUUACAUAAUGUCGGAGAUAGUUGAAAAUAAGGUUGACGAAUUGCCAGACUUGGAUAACUUACUUCAGUGUCCAGUAUGUUAUGAAAUCCCUACAGGUCAUAUUUUCCAAUGCAAUGAAGGUCAUAAUGUAUGUGGCAGAUGUAAAGUUCGGCUUUCUGUCUGCCCGGUAUGCAGAGCACUAUUUUUUGGAACCAGGAACUAUGCCAUGGAAGAGCUCAUUGCAAAUGUCCGAAAACUAAGAGCUUUUAAAUUAGGUGGAAAAGUUACAAGAGGAUUAUUAGCUUCAGAUAGUAGUAGUACACCAGCAAGAGACAGUGGAUCUGACAAUGCAGAAUAUUUGGGUGAAGAUGAAAAUAACGAUAAUCAAAAUUCAGUAGUGGCCCCUAACCCAUGUAAAGGACUUUUUCGUUGCCUCUGCUGCAAGAAUGGGAAUUCCAUCAGACUUCCAGCAGCUCGUUUACUUAACCACCUUCGCUACUUUCAUUCUCCAGAACUUUUAGAGGGUCGAGCAGAAGGCGGUGAAUACCUUCAAGCAUGGCAGAUCUCCACCACUCUUGGGAAAUUAGUAACUGCAAUCAAAAUUUCAAACAUGGGCAUAUUUUUCUUAACCAUUGAAAUAUUUUCAGAUAAUAUUUUGUAUGCUUGGUUGACGAUGGCUGCAUCACCUUGGGUAGCGAAUGGUUUUAGUUACACAGUUACCAUAUCUGGCAAUGACCGGGAAGCUAUAUUUAUUGACAAUGUGUGGUCGGUCAGAUCAUGUGAAGGAUCAUUAAAAAAGCGUGGGCAUUGUUUGCUUGUGAGCGGGUCCGACGCACGUGCAUUAACUGCGCCAGAUGUCAUAAAUUGCAAGUUGUCCGUGCGAUGUUCACCGCCCAAUCAGAUCGCGGAGCAGACACAGCCUCGCUCCGUGCUACGGGUGGCCAAUCGCAGCACUAGAGACUCUGUGCAUUCCCACACUGCUCAUGAUUUGGAACCAUUCCUCCAAGACCUACAGAACGACGUCGUGAGACUGUCUCGUGCUUUUGCUACGCUCGGUCGCGAUGCUAAUACUUUAGUGCGCUCUACAGCUGACCCGCAACCUAGACCUCAAAUCCGUUCAAACCUACCUUCCGAUGAACUUGCACCUACGGCUCCAGAAGAAGCAUCUACUUUACAAAAUGACGGGCCCGACACCACCGUACGCGUACUAUCCCGUAAUGCGCGAAGACGCAUGCGCCAAAGGCUCAGAGCAGCUUUAGAUGAACCACAGCUUCAAUCCGAAUCUACUUUGUUGAAUAACAGAUCUGGUCCUGCUCAAGUACAAUUUAUUCCUGUACCUAAUAAUCACGUCGCACACAGGACAGGUUUCGCUGUAGUGCAAUCGCCUAAUGUAACUCCGAAUGUUCCUCCCCCAAUAAGUGGACCCUCCAACGGCCAACCCCGCGAGAAUAAUGCUAGUUCUCGAGGUAGCAAUAAAAAGAAACGUAGGUAAACUGACAUUGGUACUUUUAAGUCAUUCUUAUUAAUUACUAGUAAAAAAAAAAAUUCUCAUCGCUAGUGACUGCAUGCAACUUGUAAUGAUACAUUUUAAAUCGGAGUAGUUAUUAUACUACUUAUUUCAACUAUUCAAAUUAAUGAAAUUUUGCAAUUGCUAUUGAUAUUGGCUUAAAUGGUUCAGCAUAUAUGACAUAUGGAAUACUUUAAUUAAUUGUAUUCAUAGACUAAUUGACAAAUAAUGCAGUAGUGCAUUAUGUCUGUAAUUAUAAUGAAAUGUGACUUAAAAAUGUAAUAGUGCUAUUGAUUUUUUUGUAAUUGUUACAUUAUUCAUAGUAAUAAUUGUCAAUUGUAGAUAAUGUCCGGUAUUUGUAUACAAAACAAAACAAGAAAUUUACGAAAUAUACUCGCAGUUGUAUAUUCAUUUGAAAUUCCUACAUGAAACAACACCUUGAAAGGCCAUGGGAGGCGCUUGGGUUGCUGUUAACAUGUCAUAAAUUCAUUUCAGACAGUCGAAAAUCGAUAAUAUGUCUUUAUUUUUCGAAUACAAUAGAAGUAUUCGGAAAAGAAAAGACAUUGAUUAAUGAAAUAUCAUAAAAUACCAUAAAAAAUCUUCAAUUAUUUCGGGUUCAAUCAAGUAGCUUUAAAAUUAAUAAUUUACGAACUCGAGCACAUGAAAAAAUGAGUCGUAUACCUAACAGUUUUUUUUGUAAUUAAAAAUACUAUCACCAACAAUUUCAUUGUGAAUCGACUUUCCAGUCU